AACCUCUUUGUAAAACUAUUAGCUCAACGUUCAACAUAACCCCAAAGUGGUUGAGAAUCUUUGCAGAUGCACGUAGUUUGAUUUGUGAGUUCUCUUUUCCGCAUACGAAAUCUCUAAUCCGUUUAGUGACCGUCAUUAAUGAAAUUGUGACUAUUUCGUAAGUGAAAUUCAACUUUAUUUAUUAACUUGUGACUCAAACUUUACAAAAUUGAAGUAGCUUGGUGUGUAGCCUAGAUAACGACCAGCCGCAAGAUUUAGGAGUUUGUCCACAUGAGAACAUUAUCUGUUCAAUAACCAUCGUCUGCCUUAUGUUAUCAAUUGGAUGACGGUAAAUAUUUAAAAACAAUCCAUUUUAUUAGUUUGAGUUUAUUGAUUGAACUCUGAAUUUACGACUAUUUUGUCCAGACACGUGGACUAUCGAUCAUAACAAUUGUACCCGUUUGUUAGUGUUGAAUUUGUGAAACUUCAUCAUGAGCUCAUCCACAUGCUACAGAUGUAACCGUAUUGGUCAUUUUGCCCGUGAUUGCCGUGGAGGAGGCGGUGGCGGAGGCGGCAAUUUCCGCUCUGGUGGAGGCGGCGGUGGACCCGUCUCUGGUGCCCGCUACUCUGGGCGGGAUAAAUGCUACAAGUGUAACCGUUCCGGCCAUUUUGCACGUGAAUGCAAGGAGGAUCAUGAGAGAUGUUACAGGUGCAACGGAGUUGGCCACAUCGCCCGCGAUUGCGACAUGUCUGAUGAGCCUGCAUGCUACAACUGCCACAAGUCUGGUCACAUCGCCAGAGAUUGUCCUGACUUUAGCCAGGGCUUCAACACCAACUGCUACAACUGCAAGAAGUCUGGACAUAUUGCCCGCGAAUGUCCCGAGGGCCAACAAACCAAGGUUUGCUACAUCUGUAACAAGCCGGGCCAUUUAAGCCGAGAUUGUGACCGGAGUGACUAGUCGGUUACGAAUUCAUUACUAAUUCACAGUCUGUUGGGGCGAUGGAGUUAUGUUAUUUUUUUCUUUUUCAUUAAGAUUUUCUUUGCAGUUAAUAAAUUAUUUGAAUAUACGUUGUACAAUAGGAGGGUAUAUUCUUACAACGUAAUGAUGCUCUUACAAGACUUGAUCAAAACUUUUAAAGUUACUUCUCUCUCUUCUCUCAGUCAAAUUAUUUGGCUGACUUACAAUUGAAUCGUGUUUGCGAAAUUCGGUGGUUUAUUUUGAAACAAUCCAAACUAGAACUUUUUUGUUUCAAUAUCAAGAUAAUGUUUUUUAUUAUUUAUUUGAUUGAGCAUCUUUUGAUACUUGGACUCUUAUUCGGUAAGGAUGGACUGUUGUGGUUUAUGAAUUACGUUUUCAACGUAAGUUCUGAUUCAAUAAGCUAAAGAUGUUUAUUGAAUCUUAGAGAUUCAAAUCAGAUCAAUACUGAUAGGAAAUUUUACUAUUAAUUAAUUGCAUAUUAAUAGGUAUAUCAAUAUUAAUAUUUGAUUCUAUAUAGGUACACCAUCAUUUUUCAUUAAAUGAGAAACCAAACUGUAAUAUUCUAAAAUAUGGUCAGUAAGACAGUUCUAUUGAAUCAGACUUUAUUGUAAUUUAUAAUCAUAGAAUGAUACAUAAUUAAAUUAUUUAACUUGUCUAUUUAUAAUUAACUUGCUUGUAAAAAUCAUUUUUCCAUACAGUUCUGAUUAUUAUUAAUGAUGUUAGAAUGUGGGUUGAUGAUAUAAUUUUUGAUGUCAGAUUAUCAAAGUAUUUUGUUGUGCAUUUAAUUCAUAUUUUUCUCACUGAGGUACACUUAAUUUUGUUAAAAAAUCAUUGAGUGUAAUUCCAUAGUCAAUUUUAAUCAAAUCAAUGAAAUUGUCUUGAUUUAACAUGAUAGAAAUAUUCUUUAGACCGGUUGCACAAAAGCCGGUUAAAUUUUGAUCGUGUUUAUUUCACAAGAACCAAUCAGAGAACGAUUUUUCUAAAAGACGGCUUCUCUAAUUGGUUCUUGGAAUUAACCACAAUUAAAACUUGACCGACUUUUGUACAACCGGCACCAAAAGAUGUUUCUUUUUUGAAAUAGUAAUCAAUGCUGUACUACUUACUAAAAAUUCAAUUCAAAUUAAUUGGAAUUAAUAGAAUUUAUAGAUCAACACUAGCCAUUUUGUAUAAAAUUUAUGAUAUCUAUGACAUUAGAAUCAAACAAUAAUAUAUAUAUAAUAAAACCUCUGGUUAGUUUGUGUAGAAUAUUAAAAAUGUCCAUGAAAAGUUAUUGGUAUAAUAAUGUUUUUGAAACUUUUCUUGAAGGAUCAGAUUUUUUUAAAUAUAUUAUGUCAAUGAAGCAAAUCAAUUUACAAGUUAUUAAUAUCACUGAAGUUAUAAAUUAUUCAUUUUUGCUGGUUUCUUGUGAAUAGUGGUUGAACUCAAUUGGAAUUUUUGAGAAUUUGAAAUCAAUAAUGUAAAAUUUUUAUGAUUUAAUUCUCUCCUUCCUACUAAAUAGCAUUUUUUGUCAUGUAUUGUCAUCAGUCGAGAUCAACAUUCUUUGCCUGGUAGCGAAAUAAGAUUUGUGAAGAUGUAAUAAUUGAAUAAUUGUAUUUUUUUCAUAAUUAUUGAUUUAAAGUUUGAGGUGGAAGUAACAUGAA